AUGUCUAAAUUCUCCGACUUCAAACCACUCAACGAAACCACCCUCAUCGACUACAUCAAAACCACCCCUACCCUCUCCUCCAAACUCCACAACAAUUUCUCCGACAUAUCCAUCAAAGAAAUCGGAGACGGCAACCUUAACCUCGUCUUCAUCGUUUCCAACUCCAACGGCUCUUUCAUCAUCAAACAGGCACUUCCUUAUGUUCGUUUAGUAGGCGAAUCAUGGAAGAUGACGAAAGAGAGAGCUUAUUUCGAGUCACUGGCGUUGAAAGAAAAGGGGAAACUGUGUCCGGAACAUGUGCCGGAGGUUUAUCAUUUUGAUCGUGUUAUGUCUUUGAUUGGUAUGCGGUAUUUGGAGCCACCGCAUGUGAUUCUCAGAAAAGGAUUGGUUGCUGGUGUUGAGUAUCCUUUGCUUGCUGAACAUAUGUCUGAUUUUAUGGCAAAGACGCUCUUCUUUUCGUCUCUGAUUUUUCGUUCUACCACUGAGCAUAAACGAGACGUUGCUGAGUUUUGCGGGAACGUGGAGUUAUGCAGGCUAACUGAGCAGGUCAUUUUCUCUGACCCUUAUAAAGUUUCUGAACAUAAUCGUUGGACUUCUCCUUAUCUUGAUCGUGACGCUGAGGCUAUUCGGGAAGACAAUUUACUCAAGCUUGAAAUUGCUGAGCUGAAAUCAAAGUUCUGUGAAAGGGCUCAGGCACUACUACAUGCAGAUCUCCACACUAGUUCUGUCAUGGUUACUCGUGAAUCAACUCAAGUUAUUGAUCCAGAAUUUGCAUUUUAUGGACCAAUGGGCUUUGAUAUUGGAGCAUUCCUUGGAAACUUGAUUUUGGCUUUCUUUUCUCAAGAUGGACAUGCUAAUCAAGCAAAUGAUCGAAAAACAUAUAAAGAGUGGAUUCUUAAGACCAUUGAAAACACUUGGAAUCUUUUCUACUAUAAAUUCACUAAACUUUGGGAUGAGCAUAGAGAUGGCGCUGGUGAGGCAUAUCUUCUUGAAAUCUACAAAAAUCCUGAGGUUCAGCUACUUGUACAGAAGAAAUACAUGACAGAUUUGUUUCAUGACAGUCUUGGAUUCGCCGCUGCCAAAAUGAUAAGGAGAAUUGUUGGUGUGGCUCAUGUUGAGGAUUUUGAAUCAAUAACUGAUGCUGCUAAACGGGCAACCUGCGAAAAGCAGGCACUUGAUUUUGCUAAGAUGCUUCUCAAAGAAAGAAGAAAAUUUGAGGCCAUUUCUGAAGUUGUCUCAGCAAUUAGGAAAAUUUAG